UCUUUUGUUUGGGCUGCGCGCGACUCAGCUGUUGGCUAAUAAAGACAGAUAAACAUGCGGCGAAGUUGGCUGUUGAUGCGCAGGUGGUUAUGAUCUUGCGUUCCUGCCAUAACGGACGUUUAUUCCCUCUUAUAUGAGAAAGUUACAUCGUCCUGAACUCAUCUUUAGGGGGCUGCACACGAGUUCAUCAUGAAUAUGCACUUUGAAGGGUCCAGUAACGUCACCCUGUUGUUUGAUUUCUGGAACGUGCACGGGCCUGCAGGGAUGGUGCUGUCAGUCUUUGUUGUUCUCCUGCUCACUGUGUUCUAUGAGCUUCUAAAAGUGUUGAAGAUCACCAUUGGAAAACAGACACAAUUCCCCAUUACACAGCCUUCUGGUCCAGUGUCAUUCUCUGCUGACCAAGCCUGCUUCGCUCCUGUCAUGGGGUGUCAAGGGGGAAGCUCAGAUCUGGCCGGCAGCCCCUCCGAGAUCUCAUUAGCUCCCACUGAAAGUACCACUGCCACUACAUCCACUGCUAAGAACUGGCUUCUGCACAGCCUCCAGACCGCCAUACAUGUCCUGCAGGUGACUCUAGGCUACAUGCUCAUGCUUUGCGUCAUGUCCUACAACAUAUGGAUCUUCCUGGGAGUCAUCGUGGGCUCCGCUCUGGGAUACUUCCUGGCUUUCCCUCUCCUGAAUCAUGUUUGAGAAGGAGUAAAGAUGAAGAAACGGGAAACAAGACGCUACAGCCCUAAAAGCUUACGAUCUUAAUUUACUGAAAACUUCAGAUCACAAGCAAUGAGGAACUUUUUAGAUUUUGUUUAUGGUGCCAGGUUUGUGAACUUACAAGCAGAAUAGUUAUUGCUUUUAACAAUAAGAUGUGCAAGCCCUUGAGAUGUUUUUUUUAUUUUUAUUUUUUUUUCAAUUUGGCAUGCCCAAUUCCCAAUGUGCUUUUAAGUCCUCAUGGUCGCGUAGUGAUUCGCCUCAAUCUGGGUGGCAGAGGAUGAAUCCCAGCACAAUCCACGCACAACUCACCACACGCCCCACCGAGAACGAACCACAUCAUAGCGACCAUGAGGAUGUUACCCCAUGGGACUACCCUCCCUAGCAACCGGGCCAAUUUGGUUGCAUAGGAGACCUGGCUGGAGUCACUGCCCUGGGAUUCGAACUAGCAAACUCCAGGGGUGGUAGCCAGCGUCUUUACCACUGAGCUACCCAGGCCCCUGAGAUGUGAGAUUAUGUAGUUCGAACAGUGAUGUAUUCAUAUUUCUAACAGGAUUUUUAAAGAAAAUGUUAAAGAAGAAAUCAUGUUUUAAUGAAGGUUGGCGAGAACCAUCAUGAGAGGAUGGUGUGACAACAGGCCAGUUACAAUUUUGUAAAAGGGUUGGUUAUAUUUUAAACCUCAUUGAGAGCAAACAAUGUGUGUUACAUAGCAUUUGAUGCUGCGUUUGAAGUUUUGUAGCCUAUUCAGAAUGGUGCUACUGUUUAUGGCGCGGAACACAUGACCUUCUGUCGAAACGGUCGGUUUCCGUACUGUAAUAAACAUUAAUGUGACCUAUUAACAGGUUUUUCCACUUUCUAUUGAUUAAGCUAAUUUUGUUACACAAAUGAAUGUUGAGGUUCUGCAAGUGUUGUGAAUUAAAGUUAAAGGAAUGUUCCAUGUUAAAUACAAGUUAAGCUCAAUCAACAGCAUUUGUGGCAUAAUGUUGAUUAUCACACAAUUUAUUUUGAAUCGCCCCUCCUUCAAAAAACAAAAUUCAGGGUUAUAGUGAGGCACUUACAGUGGAAGUGUAUGGGGCCAAUUUGUGGAGGGUUUGAACCGAAACAUGAAGCUUAAUUUUAUAAAAACACUUGCAUUAAUCCUGUUAAAACUUGUGUAUUACUUGAGCUGUAAAGUUGUUUAAAUUGUCAUUUGUACUGUCAUUUUAGGGAUGUACAUUACAUCAUUUUGGAAAUGAAGUUGUAAAAUUGGCUUUAACUUUACAGAGAAAAGGUUAGCAAGUGAUUUUAUCACACUAAAAUAAUGUUUACACGCAUAUCCUUUGUCUUGUGGCUGUGCUUUUAAAACAGUCAGUGUUUUAACGUAAAAAAAAUUGGCCCCCAUUCACUUCCAUUGUCUCACUGUAACCCAGAUUUUUGCUUUUUUCAAUCAAUUUUUGUGGUAAUCAAUAUAAUGCCACAAAUGCUGUCGAUUGAGCUUAACUUGUAUUGAACCCGUAAUAUUCCUUAAAGCUGGUCUUUUUUUGGGGGGAAAUUACACAAGUUUUAAACCUUGUGAUGGUUUGUAGUAAACUUCCUAAAUGAGUCAAGAUCAGGCACACUGGAAAUUACAGCUGAAUGGGAACUUUGUAAAAGAGAUACAAAUCAUGUGGCCUUAGUUAAUGUUCACCAGCAAUAGAGACAUUGAAACUGAGCACAGAAAUGGGAAAAUUAGUUGGAAUGUGAAUGGAAACUGUGUAUUCAUUUGUUUGGAGGCAAUGGGUUCUGUAGAAAACUUUAAAUCAAAGUGGUGAGGAUUGUAAUGCACUAUUCCUCAAGGCAUUUUUUUUUUCUCAGCCACUUUUUGGUCUCCAUGGUUUGUGCAAUUCAUUACUCAUUUUGAAAAAGUAAGAUUUUGUGUUUGUGGAAUGUUUUAAAAUUGGUUUACACAUCUAAAUCAAAUAAAUUGUUGAAACAG